AUGGGCAGUGCAGCUUCAAAGCCAGCGCGCUCGGCUGCUGGAGCAGCGGCGCGUCAGUACCCUAAAAGGCCUGCUCCUCCGCCCAAGGCGCCACCAGCGCCAGCGCCUAAGGAAACCCCAGUGCCUCCCACACCUUCACAAUCUCCCAAUCCAGAGCCAGCAAGCGCAACCUCGCAGUCACAAAGGGCACCUAAUGCGUCAUCCCAAGGCCCAGUAUACCACUCCAAAGAACCACCCUCUGUUGUGAAAUCUCCCGCGAUUGACCUUGAUGGCCGAGAUCCCGACUUCGCCGCUUCCCUCCGUAAAAUUGGACCUGUUGAUCCCUCCACCAACUACCAACCCCCUCAUGUCCACGAUCGAGGCUCCGUCCAGACCGUGUUCCCAACGUCCUCAAACCCGGCGCUAUUAGCGAUCACGGCGCGUGAUAAAAUUACCAAGGCGGCGCAAGAAGAGACCGCGCAAAUGGGACUGGCCAAUUUCCCUGGCCGACAAUUCCUCGACUCCUUGACGAUUCACCAAGCGCUGACGAUGCGUGACCAACAGCGUCUACCACACAGUGAAAUCGAACGGCUCUUACGACUGAAGAAGGGCACGGUAGCCCGAUUUGGGAAAGCUGGCAUUGUGUCACCAGCUGCGUAA